CUUCAAUCAAACCCCACUUCCUUGAUUCUUUCCCACGAUUUUCGUUUCCAUAUAUAAUUAAGUUCAUGACUUUUAUCAUGAACUCAGAGCCAGAGUAGUCAGUCAUAGAAAACAAAACACCAUCACCAUUGUUCCGUUCUCUCUUACAUCUCUCUCCUCCACUACCCCUUCCUAACAUCACCUCCUAAUCCUAUCCCGGAAGUCUUGACUCUUCCAUCACCACAAAGUCCCACCAAACUCAAAGAAAUAGCAUGGCGAGGAAUUGUCUGACGCUUGAAUCGGUGAGACAUUCAUUGAUAAGACAAGAAGACAGCAUCAUUUUCGGUCUCAUAGAGCGAGCUCACUUCCCCAUCAAUUUUCCUACCUACAGCCAGUCUUACGUUUCAAAUUCCCUUCACACCUUUUCUGGUCCUUUGCUUCGCUUUGUUGUUAAGGAAACCGAAGCCCUCCUAGCUAAGGCUGGUAGAUAUGCAAACCCUGAAGAACAUCCCUUCUUUCCAGAAGAUUUACCACCUUCAGUGGUGCCACCUCACAACUUUGAAAAGUUUUUGCAUCCUCCAGCUGCAUCAAUUAACAUAAACAAGGACAUAUGGGAUACGUAUAUCAAUAAACUGCUUCAAUUGUUUGUUACACCGGGCGAUGAUGGCAAUUAUGCAUCGACUGCUGCUAGUGACCUAUUGUGUUUACAGGCCCUCUCCAGAAGAAUUCAUUAUGGAAAGUUAGUAGCUGAGGUGAAAUUCAGGGAAUCCCCUCAAGAAUAUGAGCCUGCAAUUCGCGCUAAGGACAGAGAUACUCUGAUGAAAUUGUUGACAUUUGAGAAAGUAGAGGAGGCAGUGAUGAAGAGGGUUGCUAAGAAGGCCAUGAUGUUUGGGCAAGAAGUGACUCUGAAUAAGGAUGGUAAUGAUGGAAAGUACAAGGUUGAUCCAUCAGUAGUUUCUCGCCUCUAUGGGGAUUGGAUAAUGCCUCUUACCAAGCAUGUUGAAGUCGAGUACCUACUACGACGCCUUGAUUGAAGCCUACUUUUCCUUCAUGUAUCAACUACUAAUAUGAUGGAGUUUCAAAGAAUUGAAUUUGUUUGAUGACCAUAAUUGCUUAUUCAAGAAUGGUGAUUUUGGAAUUGAGUAUCAUAUUAAAGGCCAGUGAAGAAAUCUGUGUUUAAUGAAGAAAACUCGUCUGCUUGAAUAUGCGUACCAGUGUAUCCACGACUGGUGCACUUCCUGGGGAUGUUUGAAGGGAGGUUCUCUUUCUCAAACUUAUUGGAAUUUCUUGAUAGUUGUACUAUUUAAGCUUAGAUGUGAUUAACAUCUGGUAUAAUACAUGUGUACUUAUGAUCUUUUAUUUGAAUAAAAUUUAGUCCAAAGUGCAAAACACACCCUUAAAUUUUGGGAGUUUUUA